AUGAACAAUGAAACCGCAACCCUGAUAUCCUUGAAAGAGACAAUGAAAAGGUUGCUAAGGGCUACAGGGAGGGAGCAAGCAGCCCAAGAUGAGCUGUGGACAGCAGUUCUGGCACUCAAGUUCACUUCAAUGGAAUUAAAUAUUAUAUACAGCUAUGUCAUGGAAGUACUCAUCUGCUUGCACACUCGUGUGCUUGAGAAGCUGCCAGACCUGGUGAGAAGUCUUCCUACCUUAGCUUCCGUCCUUAGAAGAAAAGUCAAGAACAAGCGCAUUAGAGUCGUAUGGGAAUCUGUCCUGGAGGAGUGUGGGCUGCAAGAAAGAGAUACCACAGCACUUUGUACCUUCUUUAUUGCACAUGGUAACAAGGCAGAACACUACAGUGCCAAAGUGAGACAGAUGUAUAUCAGGGAUGUCACUUUCAUGAUCACCAACAUGGUAAAGAACCAGGCUCUGCAGAAUGCUUUGCUGAUGGCUGUCCAGCUCAUUGAGAAGGGGAAAGCAGUGACAGCCCCUGAAGAGCAAAAGUCAUCUCUAAAAGAGUUGAUGCCAAUUGUCAAAAACUAACCUGUUCCCUUAUGACAUAGCAAUUCCACUUCCAGUAAUUUAUCUUGCAAAUGGGAAAAAAAUAUGUAUAUACAAUUUUGCUAUGGACUUACGGUAUUUUUAUUAUAGCAAAAGUUGGGAGAGUAUUAGAGAAAUUAUGAUAAAUUGAUACAAUGGAUAUUUCUGUAUAGUCAUAUAAAAGAAUGAAGAAGCUCUUUGGGUUUGGUUCAAUAGAUAGAGCGUCUGCCUGUGGACUGAAGGGUCCCAGGUUUGAUUCCAGCCAAGAAC